UGAAUUGGCAAUGCCUGUUUAUGACAACUCAUUAUCUCAGAUCAAACCAGAACAGUGGAAAAACAUCCCCAAGUGAAUCAAAGAUGCCUUCACAAAGAUCAUUGCGACUACGAACAAAGGUUUGCUUAAAGUCGACAAUGUGGCCAUGGACUACUUCAACAACAAAAACAGAAACAACUACACCAUCCAGAUGAUGGAGCAAGAGUCGACUCAGAUCCAGAGCAAUGUCGAGUUCACGAUCGAACACUUCAAGACAAACAUUGGGGAGUUCAAGCAGUACAUCCAGGACUCCGAGGUCUUGGUCAAGUCGCUCAAGACAAAGCUAGACUUAUUCCAGGAUCCAAUCGAGUUCAAGAAGUGGAUCCUCAGUAAGGUCCAAGACUGUUCCAACAAGAGCAAGUACCUCUGAGAAGCAAUGAUCGACGAACUCAAAUAAAGCGACCACUCAGACUUUCGAGUAUGUAAAGUCAUCACACCUUGAGUUCAAGAACCUUGUUGGUGAGACCAAGAAGUUCAAGAGUCUCGGAGACUACAUCCAGAGUGUAGACCGAGCUCUUAAGCAAGCUCAAGUUGACAUGGAUUCCAAACAAAUACAAAGGUUCGCUGUCAUGAAGAAAGAAAUGGAACAACUCAUGGACGACAAAAUCAGCAAGUGCCACCACCGAAUGGAAAUGAUCAUCCAACAGAACAGAGAUCGGUACAAUGAAAUGAUGGAGUUCAAAGCUGACAGCAUUGAAACAAACAAAAACUUUAAAAAUAAUCUCAAAGAAAUCAGCAAGACUCAUGCUGAAGACCUUGACUGCAUCUACAACAAGUUCAACGAAUUCGAAGCUGACUCAGAUAAGAAGCACAAAGAACUGUUUAAGAAGCAUAUGGACUUAUCGAAUUACUUCCACAAUGAUCGAUACGAGUCGCUCAAAGAACGACAGAGCACGACCCAGCGAAUCAAAGAUGUGCGCAAAGAACUGAUCGAACUGAUUGAAGAUAAGAACCACCACCUCCAAGACCGAAUCAAGUCUUUGUAUGUUGUUACUUGAACUUGUAGAACUUACCAGAAGCUUGAAGCUGCGAAGUCUCCCAAAAAAACUGGAAACUACAGCGACUCAAUGAAGAAAGUCAGAGAAUAUAUCACCAAGUUCGUUCUUAAAAGAGAAAUUCACAAAACGCUUGUCAAUGAAACUCUGAAAGGGACUUCUCUGGAAGCGUUCUUGGGCCCGAAGAACUCGAAGUCUAAGAACAUUCUUGAUGAACUGAACUCUCUCAAGACUAAAGUGAAUUUGAUCGAAAACCGAAUGAGGACACUCAACAGCGUCAAGCUAAGCCCUGAAGUCAAAAGCAGAAACCAAAAGCAAGACCUCUCGACCUUCAGAAGCCACAAAGGCUUCAUUGCAAGAAAGCAAACUAUGAGACUCAACAACAGUACUCGAAACAUGAACUUGGCUUCGAGCACCACACAGAACUUGGACUUGCCCAGAGUGCAGCCUGACACAUACCGAGAAGGCGGCUACGAUAGCACCAGAAUGAAGAACAGACACUCUUCAAGACGCUCUUCAAGACAGUCUUCAAGACAGUCUUCGCGAGGACCUUCGCAAGGACAGUCACCUUCAAUGUUCGACAAGUACCUAGCAACGAAUCCUCAGAAGAAGCGUCUGCGCAACAGAACAGUGACCAAAGGACCUCGUGCUCUGGGAGCAAACAAUGUGAUCUCUCUGAGCAUGACCAAGAAAGAGUCUUCUGGCAGAGACUUCGAAGUCGACUUCACUAAGCUGAGUUUUGACAAGUAA